AUGCUUUCAACUAGCUUAAUUCCAGAUUCAAUAAAAUCUCAGCAUUCUGAAUUAGAGAAAUAGCAAUAUUGGUAAAAUUUAGGAAAUGAUUAAAAUAUUGCUCUUUUUUGCUCUAUCAUACAUUACUUCCUAAACUAGAAAAAUUAUAAACCAAUUUAAAAAUUUCUGAAUAUAAAUGAUAAAGACUUAAAGGAAGAUUUUCGUUAAAUACAUUAAUUAAUUAUUCAAAGUUUAGAAGUAAGGAAUCCAAUUUAAUAAGUUUUUGAUUCAUUAUCCCAAAAUAAAAAAAAUAUUAUUUAAAUUGGAUAAUUUUUAGACGAACUCUGUAAAAUCCAUCUUCUAAAAAGAUACAAUAAGCCAAAUUUGAAAGACUUGGCAAUUUUUUUAUAAAUAAAAAUCAUCUUUUUGCAUAAUAGUGAAAAAUAUGGAUCAGGAAAAGAUGAAAUUUUACUUAUUUAAAACCUUGAUAACAUUUAUUUUAUUGUUCCUUCUCCUUAACUUUAAAAUAUACCUCAAAGUUUAUGUAAUACGUGUAAUUAAACUUAAAAUUGUCUAAAAAUCAAUUGUCAGCAUGAUGUAUGUCUAAAUUGUAUUUAAACUUCAAAAAAAAAAAUUUAAGAAGAUUUUUUUGAAUGUAGUUGUGGGUAGAUAGUUUUGAAAAAUAAUUUUUUGGAAGAUGCUAUUCAAGAGAUUAAAAAUAUUUAAUAAAUAAAUGAAUAUAUUUAAUUAAUAAAAGAAUAUUAUGAGAAUAUCACAGAAGAAGAUUAAAUGAUAAGAGAAUUGGAAAUAUUAAAAAAUCUUACUACAAUUAAGUAGUAAAAAUAUAUUGAGCACAAAGAAAUCAAGAACACUGAAAAUCAAAAUAUUUAAAAUUAAAAUGAAUUUUAUAUCUCUCCAGAGAUUCGUAAGUAAUCUAAUUAAAAAAAUAAUUAGUAAGAAUUAUCAAUGAAAUCAAUUGAACAUUAUGCUAAGUAAUUUAUAUUAAUAUAUAAUAGUAAUGUUUAAACUAUUUAACAUCAUUUUUUUAGUUCAUAUGAAAGUAGAGAUGAUCUAAAUUUGAAUAGACAAGUAAAAUAAUAUACAAGAUCUCAAAAAGCAUUAGAUUAUUUUUAAGAGGAGAAAUCAUAACCUUUUGAUUUAAUAAAGGGAAUUGAAAAUUAAAAUUUAGAAUAAUCACAAUAAUUUAAAGAAUAAGGUUAUACAUUUUAAAGGUGUACUUAUUGUUAAUGCCCUUUUGAUAAUUUCAAUAUAAAAUAAGACAUAGGUUGUCAAUAACAUGCAGUAGGGGUUUGUUGUUUAUAUACAAAUUAUAGAGAAUGCCCUUAAUGUGAAAAAACUAAUGAAAAAUUAAAAUUUUAGAAGAUAAAUUAAUUAUAAGCGAAAUAAUAUUAAAAUUAUGUGUCUGAAAAAAUUUGUAUAUCUAAUUCAAUUCAUAUGAAUUAUGGACAUUAUCCUAGUUAAAGAUAAGAUAAUCAAAUGAGACCAUAACCAUAAAGUUCUCAUUUAAACCCAAAGUUAUUAUAAUAAUAAUCCAAAAUUAAUUAUGAAAAAAACCUAAGAAUUUUAAGAGCAGAAGGGAAUAAUAAUAACUUAGAAGCUAUGCAAAAAUAAUUGAAUUAUUAAUAGAAAUACUAUUAUGAACAUAAUCAAAGAAUUUUAUUUUAAGAUGGGAAUUGUAUAGAAGAUUUUAGAAAUAAUAUAUAUUUACAGAACAAACAAAAUUAUCACCUUCAAGAACAUAAAAAAUUACAAUGA